GAGAUAACAAACACAUAGCUCCAACUGGCGUCAGGUCUCACGAAGAUAUCGAUUAUAAUGGCUUCAGUUUGCUGUGGCGUGUUCCUGUUGUUGACGGCUGUGUCCGCCGUGAGGGACAACGUGACGCUGUUUGACGAUGCUAAUUACUAUGGUGCCACUUCAUUGACAGAUUACCUCACCGAUGCGGGGCUGAGCAGCAUGGUGAAACAACCAGGAAAUCUAAGCCUCUUUGCACCUGUGCCGACGGCAUUCGAGUCCCUCCCAGCCACCGUCAACAACAGUCUCAACGAUGACCCAUCCUUCCGCAAAAACCUCAUGUCCUACCACAUCGUCACUGGCAGCAUGGUAUCCGCAUUUUUCAACAACGAGGAGUUGUUGCCCACUGUUGCUGGCGCCGCUGUCCGCAUCAACAAGUACAUCGUCAAAAGUGGCAAGGAGAUUACGACAGUGUCCGGGAGCCCCGUCCUCCUCUCGGAUCUACCCUGCAGUAAUGGCAUGUUGUUUAUGAUGAAGGGAGUUAUCUACCCUGUACCUACCGGAAGUGCAUUCGACUAUGUGGCCGGAAGUGACAGUUUCAGCACCCUCCGUCUUGCCAUCACCAAAGCCAGCUUGUCCCAGGAAUUUGCAGCUGACCACCAGACUGUAUUUGCCCCAUCUGAUGCCGCCUUUGCUCGCCUCCCCCCUGGGGUCCUAGAUUCCCUGCUGGAAAACAUCCCCCGACUCCGGGGUGUGCUGCAAAACCACUUGGUUAACACAGGAACGUUCUUCAGUGCAGGGCUGUACGAAGGUCUAGUACUUCAAUCCUUACAGGGCAAGCUACAGAUAGGAGUCGGUGGCUUAACAGUGAAUGGGUCCAACAUCACGACAGCUGACACCACUGUGACCAAUGGCGUGCUCCACACCAUAGACUCUGUGCUGAUCCAAGCUUAGGUCCACAGCCUGAAGCACUCACUGAGAAUGUUCUGGGAGGCCACAACAGCUGGGUCUGGUGUCAUCCCUUGGCAACAGGAACAAUAUGUACUUUGUAUUUAUAAUUUGUAGAAUAAAUGUUUUCAGUGAA